AUGUAUUCACAUCUAUUUUUUUUUUCUUUUCCUUUUCCAUUCAAAGUCCUUCUUAAUUCUUCUUCUAUUUCCUUUUAUUUCUUUUCCACCUUUCAUUCUUUUUUAUUCUAUUACCAAUUUUCUUCAUUUAUUUUUUUCCUUUUUAAUCCUUUCAUUUGUGUGUUUUCCAAAAUUUCCCCUGUUAAAAUCUAUCUAUCUAUCUAUCUAUCUAUCUAUCUAUCUAUCUAUCUAUCUUGGCCAAUUGAAAUCUAUCUAUCUAUCUAUCUAUCUAUCUAUCUAUCUUGGCCUAUUCAAAUCUAUCUAUCCAUCUAUCUAUCUGUCUGUCUGUCUGUCUUUCUAAGUCUGUUCAUAUCUAUCUAUCUAUCUAUCUAUCUAUCGAUAUAUCUAUUUGAAACUGUUCACAUCUAUCUAUCUAUCUAUCUAUCUAUCUAUCUAUCUAUCUUGGCCUAUUCAAAUCUAUCUAUCUAUCUAUCUAUCUAUCUAUCUAUCUAUCUAUCUAUCUAUCUACUGUUCACAUCUAUCUAUCUAUCUAUCUAUCUAUCUAUCUAUCUAUCUAUCUAUCUAUCUAUCUGUUAUUUAUUUCACCAUUGUCUGUAUCGAGGGCACAAAUUUUUGUUGAAUUGA